AUGAAAUCGCAUAAAGAAUUAAUUUGUGGUGAUGAUGAACGGGGUGUCUUCAUAGGUUCUUGUAAAUUUGUGCGAAUCCUCGAUCUAUGGUGCGCAUAUCCUGUACACGUUGAUGAACGCACACCACAAGUACCGUCGCACAAGCAUCACGCGCCCAAUUCUCGCGUGCGCUUUGAUAUGUUGGGCCUAUACCCUGUUCCGAAAUUGUUGGUCGAUCCAAUCGCCUCCGAGGACCUGAAAAAUCAAAUGAUCGUGAGACGUUUUCGUGCAGAAAUCGCGAAACCACCAUUAUUAAUUAUCCUUUGCUCACCCGACGUUUCAAGAAUAUCCUGCAAGGAGAAUGGGGAAGCAUCUCGCUGCCAGCCAAAACGAGUGAAUGAACAAUCGAUCUUUAUGUCUAUCACGGUGAAUGAACAUUCCAUUUGCACACCAACCGACGCAAAUCACUCGGCGACAUUCGGUAAUACUGUACGAUCUCAAGGGAAUUCGUUGUUCACAUAA